UCAGACUACACGUGAAGAGCGGGUUUGACAUUGGGAGUUUGAAAGUGGAGAGAGACACAGUGAGGCUUCUGCUCUCAGCCUCUCGCCAGGGAAACAUCACAGUUUAUCAACCUACAUGUGACUUCAGACUCUUCCAGUGACAUUUACAUCAGCGCCGGAGAUACCGUGAGGAAACAUAAUGCAAAGCCUCAAGACGGGUGUGCGCACGCUGCCGGAUGUUGUCUCUGAUUUUCUAUGAAGAAUGUUUUAUUUUUCGUAUCUUCGCUGUAAUCGGACAUCGAUCAUGAAUUAGGUUUGUGAGAACAGUCGCCUGUAAGGUGCUUGAACUCUAAGGAAUAAAAGUUACGUGACGGAUUAAUUUGACAUGGACUCAGUGGAUGAAUAAAUCAGUCGAUACCAGUCACUCAGUUUAUUGUUAUUUUUGCUAAAAGUCCGAUGGACUGAGCAUCUUCACACAAUAAUAUACACGCACAGAGGAAUUAAUGAAGAACUUAUUGUUUCGGAUAAUAAUCAGACAGGGCUUGGAAAUCUCACAAUGAGGCUGAAAUCAUCGAGGUUAGGUUACCUAUUACUUCAAUUUAUGACUCUGUGUUUUUACACUCAGAUGACGAUGCAGUCCGUCUCUGUACCCAAUUUUAAGCACCAUGUAACGGAGCAGAGUCGUCUGUCGGACAGGAUGAGUCGGAGAUUAACAAGGACUUAUCAGCUCUACAGUCGGACGAGUGGUAAACAUGUACAAGUCCUGGGCAAUAAGAGGGUCAACGCCAACGGCGAGGAUGGAGAUAUUCAUGCUAAACUUGUUGUGGAAACCGACACAUUUGGAAGCCGGGUUCGAAUCAGAGGAGCGAAAACAGGAUACUACAUUUGCAUGAACAAAAGAGGCAAGCUUAUUGGACGGAGGAAGGGCCGUGGAAGGGACUGCAUAUUCACAGAGAUUGUUCUGGAAAAUAACUACACGGCUUUGCAGAACGCCAAGUACAAAGGCUGGUACAUGGCUUUUACACGCAAGGGUCGACCCAGGAAAGCCACGCAGACCCAGCAGCAUCAGCGAGAGGCCCAUUUCAUGAAACGUCUUCCUCGAGGACACCUGUUAACAGAACAGAAGCCUUUUGAUUUAAUCCCAUAUCCCCCCAACAAGAGGACUAAGCACCAUCAGCGCACAAACGUGAAUUGAGGACAGGAUCGUAUCUUAUACCGGAGUGCUAUCUUAAUUCGAGUUUAUCUAAUCUGUGUGCAUCCAGAGUUACUGGACAUCACGUCGAACUGUUGUGUAAAAAUUAAGGAGUCUGCACAGGCUCAGAUCUGAGAUGAAUCACAGUACUAAGAACAGUUUGUUCUGGGACAAUUACUGAACUGUUGACUGAACAGGGGACACUGUAAGCCUUGUAAUAAUGAGCAACACAUCUCUGGGAAUGAAGCAAGACAACAGAACACAAGACAGAAAAAUGGGCAAAAAUUCUAUCUUUAGGGGUACGACAGCUUGUCACUGGGGCAGAAACUACAGGCAUAUCCACUGGUCAAUUUUGAGAUUUUUGGGCUGUUUUGCUUCCAUAACAUGUUUUAUUUCAUACACCAAACUUUAUACUUGUAUUCCUAUCUAUAUUCUGGAAAAAAAAAAAAAGUUGUUACAGAGGGGUUUGUUCAUACAUCAUUCUCCCAAUGCAUAAAAAUAUGGCUAAAAUAGAUAUAUUUUUGGCUGUUGAUAGUAUUUUCUGAUUUAUGUAGUGAUAAAAAAAAAUCCCUCUAUUAAAAUCUUUAAUGUGUCAUCAAAACGAAACAAGAAUUUUACACUUGGCUUUAUCCAAUAUUCAGACUUCUAUUCUAGAAAUGAAUGCAAAUAAUUUGAUUUCAUUGGAUAUGCCUCAUUUGUAUAUCUAAACAUAAGAUUUCAGAAAACUUAACAUAACAUUAAUACAAAAGAAUUGUCUUAAUGUACUGUGAUGGUGAUUUCAAAUUCAUAUUGCAUAGCUUAGGGGUACAUAUUACUACUUGAAGGCACUAAUAUGCACCUUUAAAGGUAGGUAAGGUACAUAGUUAUCCCUGUAAGGAUUUCUGCCCCGGUCACAAGCUGUUGUGCAAUUUUUGCACACUUUAUUCUGACAGUGAACAUGGCAGCUACCUACUGAUGAUCCCAAGCAUAUGCAGAUACACAUUCCAUGACGAUUCCAUGAUGUGUAGUGAUAUUAUCAAAAAGCAUCUUUAUUGUUUGUACAUGACUAUAUAUUUUUAUUGGAAGAUUGUAAGAUACUUCAAAAUGAAAAUAUUUA